GGCGACUGGGGAUAGUUGGAAAGACGCAGGAGAGAAGCAGGAGGCAGGAGGCAGCGGGGAGGGAGCAAUGGGAGCGGGAAGCAGGCAGGUUUCCUCGCAAAUCACCCUCCGGCCUUACGUCGCCUCGCCGGCCCCGGCAGGGGAGCGAGGAGCCGGGCGAGCAGAUGGAGGAGUGGAGCUCGCUCUAGGCAGCGGGCUUGGCCAGAGAAUGGAGGAGCCGCCAAGCUACCGGCUGAUUGGAAGAGAAACGCAGAGCGAUGGAGGCGGGGGUAGGAGGACGAUUUCUCUGCGGGGACUGGCGGCAGCGUAUACGCCCGGGUCGGGCGCUGCAGAGCUUGGCUGGCUUUCAACCCGUGCUCGCCGGCUCCAGCCCCGCGCGCCCCCACCCCCAGCCCUCCCGGCGGCUCCGCAGGGUGAGGUGGCUUUGAUCCCGGGGUGCCCGGCCAGCGCGACCGAGGAGGUGGCUGGACUGGCUGGACGGCUGGAGAAUGAACGGAGAGGCCGACUGCCCCACAGACCUGGAAAUGGCCGCCCCCAAAGGCCAAGACCGCUGGUCCCAGGAAGACAUGCUGACUUUGCUGGAAUGCAUGAAGAACAACCUUCCGUCAAAUGAUAGCUCCAAGUUCAAAACCACCGAGUCACAUAUGGACUGGGAAAAAGUAGCAUUUAAAGACUUUUCUGGAGACAUGUGCAAGCAUAAGUGGGUGGAGAUUUCUAAUGAGGUGAGAAAAUUCCGCACAUUGACAGAACUAAUCCUUGACGCUCAGGAACAUGUCAAGAAUCCCUACAAAGGCAAAAAGCUCAAGAAACACCCAGACUUCCCAAAGAAGCCCUUGACCCCUUACUUUCGCUUUUUCAUGGAGAAGCGGGCCAAGUAUGCUAAACUCCAUCCUGAGAUGAGCAACCUGGACCUAACCAAGAUUCUGUCCAAGAAAUACAAGGAGCUGCCAGAGAAGAAGAAGAUGAAAUAUAUUCAGGACUUCCAGAGAGAGAAACAGGAGUUCGAGAGAAAUCUGGCCCGCUUCAGGGAGGAUCACCCAGACCUAAUCCAGAAUGCCAAGAAGUCGGACAUCCCCGAGAAACCCAAAACCCCCCAGCAGCUGUGGUACACCCACGAGAAGAAGGUGUAUCUCAAAGUCCGGCCAGAUGCCACUACGAAGGAGGUGAAGGACUCCCUGGGGAAGCAGUGGUCUCAGCUCUCGGACAAAAAGAGGCUGAAAUGGAUUCAUAAGGCCCUGGAGCAGCGGAAGGAGUACGAGGAGAUUAUGCGAGACUAUAUCCAGAAGCACCCCGAACUGAAUAUCAGUGAGGAGGGCAUCACCAAGUCCACCCUCACCAAGGCCGAACGCCAGCUCAAGGACAAGUUUGACGGGCGACCCACCAAGCCACCUCCGAACAGCUACUCGCUGUACUGCGCAGAGCUGAUGGCCAACAUGAAGGACGUGCCCAGCACAGAGCGCAUGGUGCUGUGCAGUCAGCAGUGGAAGCUGCUCUCUCAGAAGGAGAAGGACGCCUAUCACAAGAAGUGCGACCAGAAAAAGAAGGAUUACGAGGUGGAAUUGCUCCGUUUUCUGGAGAGCCUGCCCGAGGAGGAGCAGCAGCGAGUCCUGGGAGAGGAGAAGAUGUUGAACAUCAACAAGAAGCAAGCCACCAGCCCUGCCUCCAAGAAGCCCUCCCAGGAAGGGGGCAAGGGUGGCUCGGAGAAGCCCAAGCGACCCGUAUCAGCCAUGUUCAUCUUCUCUGAAGAGAAGCGGCGGCAGCUGCAGGAGGAACGGCCAGAGCUCUCAGAGAGCGAGCUGACCCGCUUGCUGGCCCGCAUGUGGAACGACCUAUCGGAGAAGAAGAAGGCCAAGUACAAGGCCCGGGAAGCAGCACUGAAGGCCCAGUCGGAGAGGAAGCCCGGGGGGGAGCGCGAAGACCGGGGCAAGCUGCCAGAGUCACCCAAGAGAGCCGAGGAGAUCUGGCAACAGAGCGUCAUCGGCGACUACCUGGCCCGCUUCAAGAAUGACCGAGUGAAGGCCUUGAAAGCCAUGGAGAUGACAUGGAACAACAUGGAGAAGAAGGAGAAACUGAUGUGGAUUAAGAAGGCAGCUGAAGACCAAAAGCGCUAUGAGAGAGAGCUGAGUGAGAUGCGGGCACCCCCUGCUGCUGCAAACUCAUCCAAGAAAAUGAAGUUCCAAGGAGAACCCAAGAAGCCUCCCAUGAAUGGUUACCAGAAGUUCUCUCAGGAGCUGCUGUCCAACGGUGAGCUGAACCACCUGCCGCUGAAGGAGCGCAUGGUAGAGAUUGGCAGCCGCUGGCAGCGCAUCUCCCAAAGCCAGAAGGAGCACUACAAAAAGCUGGCCGAAGAGCAGCAGAAGCAGUACAAGGUGCACCUGGAUCUCUGGGUAAAGAGUCUGUCUCCCCAGGACCGCGCAGCAUACAAAGAGUACAUCUCCAAUAAACGUAAGAGUAUGACCAAGCUUCGAGGCCCGAACCCCAAGUCCAGCCGGACGACCUUGCAGUCCAAGUCGGAGUCUGAGGAGGAGGACGAAGAGGACGAAGAGGAUGAGGAUGAGGAUGAAGAAGACGACGACGACGAGAACGGGGACUCCUCGGAGGAUGGCGGGGACUCCUCCGAGUCCAGCAGUGAAGAUGAGAGCGAGGACGGGGAUGAGAACGAGGAGGACGACGACGACGACGAGGAUGACGAGGACGACGACGAGGACGACGACAACGAGUCUGAGGGCAGCAGCUCCAGCUCCUCCUCCUCAGGGGACUCCUCAGACUCUGACUCCAACUGAGGCUCGGCCCCGCUGGGCGCCCUCCCCACUGACCACCUUUGUUUCUCCCCCAUGUCCUGUCCCCUGACCCCUGGGCUCCCCCACUUUCUUUCUUUCUUUUCUUUCUUUUUUUAAACAACGAAUGGUGGGGGGAGGGGCUGGAGGAACCCAGGCCAGGACUCUGCAGCCUCAGAGACUUCAGCCCUGGGGGCCCUCCGGGGGGCACAGCCCGCAGCCUGAGCCACCAUGGACUGGCCCAGCCUACCCCUCUUCUGCACUUGCGGUUCCGGCAUGGACAAUGGACCUAGGCUGGGGUGGGGAGGUCCCAAAGAGUUUAGUGAGGCCCUGCACACCUGCAGCCCAGCCCUCGGGUGGGUAGAACUUGGGGAGGACCCUCCCCAGAGGGGCUUGCUGCCUGGACCCCUGCAUUGGAACUGGAGGCAGGGAAGAUGUGGGGAGAGGAGGGCAGGUGCCUGUGAGAAAAUGGGCACUGCCCCACAGCCCUCUCCCCUGCCCCUGCAGGAAGGAGCUGCCUGGACCCACUCCUGGGGGAGGGGCAGAAGUGUUUUUUAUAUAUGUGUAUAUAUAUUUUUUUUUUAAGCUCUGAGCUGUCAACGAGACGUUUCCUACCGAUCUCGGCUGCCGUCUCUGUUGUCAUUUCUGGGAGAGGGAGGGUUUAGGGGGUAGGUCUGGGACUUUUUUAAAACGGUCUUGAUGCAUAUGGAAAAGUGUGUGUGCGUGUGUGCGUGCGUGCGUGUGUCCUGUACAUAACAUGGGUGCACCUGUGGAUGUAUGUGUGUGAGUGUGUGAGAGCGAGAAGGGGGCACUCACCUCAGUCUGAAUCUGUAAAAGGGUUGGGGGCCAGGGAAACGCUGGUCCUGGGGGGAACAGGCUGGGGCAGCCCCUUUCUCCGCAUCCUCUGCUUUGCCUAAUAUCUGGUUUUGGGGGGUGUACUGAAGCCACUCUCUGCUUCCUAUCCCGGCUUCCCUCUGCCAGGGCUACGUGACUGAGCUGUUGCUGGUCUCCGGUGUCCAGCAGGGUGGUGGGAAGGGCACAGACAGGUGAACCUGAAAGCUCUUACUGGGUGGGCAAGGCCUCGGCCGCUCAUCCCAGGCCUGCCUGGCCGCCCUAAGCUCAGCCCGGGCUUCAAGGACUGUGGUGGAAGCUCUUACCUACACCUCUCCUGCCUUUCCCCCUUAUCUCCCGGCCCCCUUUCCUUUGAUUUCUCAGGUCUGCUCCCUUCCCCACUCCUAAACCCACAGCUGGGGAAGAGGUCUGCAAAAGCUGCUUUUGCAGCUGUCCCUCUAACCCUUUCCAGCCAUCCCCAAAUUUUUGGAACCCGGGUUCCUAGACUCUUAAGAAGCAAGCCACCUUGUGUCUGUGCAUUUAACUUUCUUGUAUUUGAUUAAAUUUUGGCCUCCCCCACUCCCUCCCCCCCAAUCAUGUCAGUGACCUAUUUAAUAGGGUUGUGUGCUUUUCCACCUCCUCCGAAGGAAAGCCAUGGGGUGGGGAGAGUGGGAACUGCCUCCGGGCUGGGGUGGGAACCGUGGGUCCCUGCUCCCAAAGGGAGGCAGACAACUUGCCUUGGACAUGGUGCUGGGGGUGGGGGGCCGGGGAGGUACACUCCCUACUCCCACUCCCUUUGUCCUGAUCCUGGAAUUAGGUACAGGGGCUCCUAGGUUCUAUUCCCCAGAUCCCCUGCAAAGAACCCCAUUUCCCUGUUUGAAUGCCCCUACACUGUUGUGUUUUAGUGGAAUGUGUUUUCAUUUAAAAGCAACUUUGGGGCACUUUUUUUUUUUCCUGUUUUGAAAAUUGAGAAAUUCUUACAGUACGAACUGGGCUGUGGGAGUGGGGGUGUUGGUGCUGUGAGAGGUCACUCUGAGUGCAUUUUGGCACUGGGAUGGGAUGGCUGGGGUGGGAGGGCCCCCACUCCCCCCCUUUUUUUUUUUCUAAUAUUUAAGGAGUGUUUUUGUAGGUUUCAACAACAACUACAACUUGAAUUUGUAUCAUGGGAGGCGGGAGGGAGUGGCUUAGAGGUGUCUGCCUAAGCUUAAGGCCAACUGUGGAAGUUUUGUUUUCCCUUUU